AUGGACUGCUUCGAACUUGACCCUGGGACAUUUUUCCAACUCGGCGAUGUCCAAGCGCAUUCGGAAGGGAGAUGCUAUGGACAGGUCACUCGUCUACCAGGUUUUCGAACACCGGGCUACAUCUGUCGGCCGCUGUUGGCAGACAUCCCUUUCGAGGCUGACCAGAUUCAAGGAGAUGACUUUCUGAAUAAGACGACGCGUGUUUCAUUUACAAUAGACCCCACAACGGGGAUGGCUCAAAACAUUGAACCACUAUCCUGGCAAAAGGUCCUCACUGCGGCUGAGCGAGUGGACGAGCAGGCAAAGUUGUUUCAAAGGCUGAUACAUCACAAUGACAAUAACGUUUCCAGGUUUUUUGAUCAAGACUCACCAUCUGGCUGCAACUUUGUUGUCUUUAGCAGCAGAAAGUUCACUGCUUGCGAAGAGCCUACGGAGCAAGAUGUCAAGAACCUCAAAACGUUUGGCAAGGCGUAUGUUGAGUUGUGCAACUCAUUGUGCGACGACGAAGGCUAUGUACUUCUGUUAGACUUUGAGGGUGUAAUGAUGGGACAUGGUGGAGAUUUGGUCACAGCUCAGCUUCGGCCCUCCCCUGUCCUUUCUGCUGACUUGAGCCCCCGCCGGGUGCCGACAACAGAGAUCGUGGGGUUGUUGAUUGACCUUGGCUGCGACAUGGGCCGUCAUCUCCUCACAGAUGUUUUGCUUGAUGACAAGCGGACGAAAGUUGCAUGGGGCAUGAAGGCUGCUUUGCAGAACUUGAUGGUCGAAAACUAUUGGCGCACGUCCGAAAGAUAUGGAAAGACAACAAGGUUGGGUCCCCGGCGAGUGCUUGAUGCUCAAAUUGCGUACAGCCUGAAGCCGUUCUCACGUGCUGUAUCCAUGGCUGACAUGGUUGGCAUCGUAGCUCUGAACGGUACAACCGGUCUUAGAUAUUUUACGAACCGCUCGUGGCAUGAAGAGGAUUGGCGCGAAUUUAUUUUUCUCUCUAACUCAAGACAUGAAUCUGGUUGGCAGCUACCUCUAAGCUGGGAGCUACAAGCUUACGCAAUGCAAAAAUUGUGCCGACUUGAAGCGAUCAUCGGAGGUGUCGAGCCUCCAACUGGCGACUUCCGAGAAUCCCUCCGGAUAUCAGAUGAUCUGGGCAAGCAGAUAGCUUGGGACCAUUUGGGGCUGAGGACCUUGCUGCAGGAGACAAUGUCCGUCAAUGUCAUGGUUGAUGAAGGGCCCAGGGUCCUUUCAAGGCCCAAGGACCAAGCAGGGGCCGAGGAGACAGCAGGGGCCAAGGAGAAAGCAUGUGCCAUAGAGUGUGUGCGGCACUUGAAGCGAAUUUUGGCGAACUUCGAUGGGGAAGAGUUACAGCUACAGUUAAAGCAGGCUAUGCAAGAAGCUCUGAGCAAGAACGAACAAAAAUCGCUGCUUGAGAACCUGACUCGGGUCUGCAAGCGAGCGGAAGAUUGGCAGUUGCCGUUGCGAGAACUAUAUUCGGUGAGCGAGCAGAACCCGAAGUGGGAGGAGAUUCGAAAAGUAUGUGAUACUCUUGCCUCCUGGAAUUCUUGCUAUGAUUCCUGGGUCCAUAAUUGCUUGCGCGACCACCAACUCCUCAAUAAUGUCAUCAAGAACAUCAAGACGGGAGCUGCCGACACCAUUUCAGCUGUCGCCGAUGCCCGCAGGUGCGAGGCCUGCGUUAGGCAGAGUCGCCGUCCUGCCUCAACACAACUGAAAGCGAGAGUCAUCCGCAAUGACGCGGCAGCAGUAGAGCCCCCCGAGGGUGCCAGUGAUCUGACAGACAUCAGCAGUGGCUCAAUACUCGCACAUUUUGCCUGGCAAUUUCCAGUGGCCCCAGAGCAUGCCGACGAUCAAUAUUGGACAGGCAUCAGCAGUGGAUCAAUACUCGCACAGAGUGCCUGGCAAUCUCCAGUGGCCCCAGAGCAUGCCAACGCUCAUGAUUGGACCGACAUCAGCAGUGGAUCAAUACUCGCGCAGAGUGCCUUGCAAAUUCCAGUGGCCCCAGAGCAUGCCGACGAGGAUGAUGCAGACAAUCUUUCCGACAUUGUGCCUCAAGAUGCUGAAGUUCGCGUAGGAAAUGAACAUGAAAUUCCAACUGGCGGAACCGAGGACCAUGGUGUUGGCACCGCGUGGACAGGUACUUUAGAGCGGUGGGAACACCAGCUAAGAGAUCGCCGGAAAGAACUUCAAAUUCAGUUCAAUGCGCUUGUUGAAAGACAGCGUGUAUUGAGUUUCAAGCUCUUCGCACUGGGUCAAUCCUUUGAGAACCAUGGGGAACUGUGGAGUCCGGGCCAGCAAGAGCAACAGAUGCAGUCCUGUAGGGCAUUUUCGCAAGAACAGAGCGCAUUGCAAGCAAACCUCAUCGCACUGGGUCAAGAGUCUGUGCAUCUGGAGCGCUGCCUUGCGGCUGGCAGGUUGAGGCUACCAGUCGAGGAUUUGGCGAUCCUGGCGGGGGCUACUUCGAUGCAGGAGGUCUUGCUUCAGAAGAUCUUGAUGAAGCUCGGCAUGCCGACCGAGGACGCCCAUGUGAUGGUGCGGAGCCCUUGCGACUUAGUUUGGCAGAACUUCCAGUGCGACGGGCAGGGUCAAAUCACCGGCCUUGUGUUUAUGGGAAUGGCUUCUCAAGGCCAGGUGCCCGCCGAACUUGCUCAGCUCCAGCGCCUCAGGUAUAUUCAUCUCCACGGCAACAACCUGUCGGGAGAGAUCCCCCGCGAGCUCGGCGAGCUCCAGCUCUGGCUCAGUCAUAAUCAUUUGACCGGUGAGCUUCCGGCGGGCCUGGGCCGGCUCGGGGAGCUACUCGUGCUCGACGUUUCCAGGAAUCGGUUGUCGGGCGAAAUUCCCCGAGAGCUGGGUCUGAUCGAAAGACUGAGAGUGCUUGAUGUCUCCGGAAAUCAGCUGACCGGUGCAGUCCCCCAAGAGGUAUGCGGACUGCAGCAGCUUCGCAUACUCUUGUUGCAGAAGAACUUUCUUCAGCAACUUCCGCCGGUCAUAGACAUGCCAGCAUUGGAGGUGUUUGAUGCCAGUAGCAACUCUUUGAAGGGGGAGCUUGGACUCGGGAUGCUCCGAUCCGUGGAUCAUCUCGAACGCCUGGACUUGAGCCACAACUUGCUGAUGGGAAGCAUCUCAGCUUUCAUCAGUGCCUUCUGUGCCUUGCAGUCGGGGUUUGCUGGCGGAAUGCUGAAGGAGUUGCGGCUGAACCACAAUCGGCUGAGUGGGGAGAUUCCUGCAUGCUUGCUGCAGCUUAGAGACUUGGAGUUCCUAACUUUGAACGACAACAAGCUUUAUGGCGCUUUGCCGGACAUUACAGCAUCGCAGCUGACAGUGCUGGCUCUUCACAGAAAUGGCCUCACGGGUGUGCUUCCUGAAAGCUUCUGGGCUCUUGCUAAGAACUUUCUGGCUGUAAUGUUUGAUGGCUUGCAACGCCUGAGCCGUUUGGGCAUCCUCACCCUCCACGACAACAGCAUCGGAGGAAGGAUUGGCAGCCUCAACUUGAACACGGCGUGCUUGGACAACUCGAGGUUCAGGCUCCGAGGCUUUCCCUGCGGAAAGGAGCCUAGGUGGCACUUUUGGGAAGAACUCUCUGAGUCGUUGGAAGCAAUGAUGCCUAACGAUCGCAGAGCAGUGGAGAUGAACUGCCCAAAGUCGCUGAAGGCUUGCAGUGCCAUCGGCUCUAGCAAGCUCACCCUGCAUCACAACCGCUUCGCAUGCGCUGUGCCAGAGAGCAUCAGCCGCAGCAAGGCGCUAAGCCUGACAGUCAUGGGGAACAUGCUGGGAGAUGGACAAGAGUUACUGGCGUCAUGGAUCUCCGAAGAGGAGCUGCAGCCUUUCCUGUACUACUCUCCAAGGGUUCUUGAGUCCAGCUUGCUCGUCCUGGCUGGUUUCCUGGCAUUGCUCUUUGCCGGGAUCUUGUGCGGUCGGCAACUGAAGAGAAGACUUUCGACAGAGUCUCGCAGCUUCGACUUGGGUUCCAGAGCUCAUGUGGCUUCCUCCAGCUUUGCAGUGAUGAGAAGUUCUUGCUGUGCUUUCCUGUUGUCGAGUCCGCUUUUGCUGAUCUUCUGCUUCGGCGGCCGGUACUACGACUGCAGCCCGCCACUGUGGCAAACCACCAUCGCGAGCCUCAAGGCUGAGAGUGUCUUCCCUGAGCUGGGCGUGGUCGCAUGCUGGUGCGCCAUGCAGCUGCUCUUCCGAAGCCUCAUCCUUGGCAUCCGCAGCAAGGCAGGACCAGCAGAGGGUCUUGCGGAGCGGAGGAUGGCCAGGGCCGCCGUGUGGCUUCUUUGGAUCUGCAUCGUCAGCAUUCUGUCUCUCCCAUCGGUCUUCUUCACCUUUGCUCAGUCGGUUCCAGCACAGAAUGUGUGGGAUCUCGAUGACGGUACACUGAGGCUGUUCCACGCGACGGCACCGGUGCAGGCAGUUUUGAUUGACAUGGUGCUGGCCUGGCCAAUUUCAACCACCUUCUCCAGCCUGACGGGAAUCAGGGCUGACAGGCUACUGAUGACUUUCCGACUUUUUUCAGCAUGGCUCUUGGCGGCAUUGACGACAUUAGCCUUCAACGAGAACUGCUACGGAGGCUGGAAGCUGGCGUGGAAAGUUUGCCAGGAGGGAUCGGAGGAACACGACAAGUUCACGUGGAAAAUCUUUGAGGAGGAGAUCUUGAACACGCAGAGGGACAUCUGCGGUUUCGGCGGCGCUUUCUGGCUCGAGGACGGAUGCAGCCGUGCCAUCGUUGGUGGCUUGACGCCCUUCUUGCUCAAGAAGCUCCUGGUCCGAAGCACGAUGCAGCCCUUGAUCCUCGGGGUGCUCUGGCGCUUCUCUCGCCUGGAGCCCCUGGGGCCCGAGGGGCAGUGGGAUCCGGCAAAAGGCCGUCAUCGGAAGCUGCUGGGAAUCUGGCCGAAUACCACGGGAUCCCUCUUGCCCUUGCGACAGAUGGCGCUCUUGACCACGGAGAUGGAAAUCUUGAUUUUUUGGUCUCCACUGUCACCCCUGCUUUGCAUUGCAAUCCUGACAGCGGCUGCGACCAAUCUGCUGAUGUUCAACUUGGGCAUUGAUUGCUUUGGAGUGUGCCUCCCAUCCGAUGAGAUGAACGAAGGGGCUGGGCUUUCAAGCACGUAUCUGAGUCUGACGCUGUGGGCUGCGUCAUUCUUCCAGCUUUGGCAUUCUUUCAGCGCAGGUAUGGCUGGGCGCUUUGUCUUGCUGGCCUUCACAGUUGUCGUGAUGGGCCCCUGGGCGAAGCGCUUUUUGCCCGUGCGCACCGUGAAGCAGGCUCUCUGGCUGGGUCCCCCCGAAACAGGCGAGGCCGAACAGGCGGAGAUGGUCGUCGAGAUGAUGCCGGCAGAGAGGCACGUAGAGGCAUCGCAUUCAGCAGAAGACGCAGGAUGCGAAUCUGCCACUACGCAG